AUGGAAGCAGAUCCAUUACCGAGUGCUAAUAACACGAAUUGCGAGUCAGAGGAAUGUAUAUCAGUACAAUCAUUAGAGUCAGAGGUACCUAAGUCCUUAGUUGAAGAAUUUGAGCAGAAGUUACAGGUUGGUCAAAAAAUUACCAGUCUUGAAGAUGCAUAUUUAUUAUACUGUGAGUAUGGACGUAUUAAAGGUUUUAGUGUGAGAAAAGGAAAACAAUCAUAUUUUCACGACAAUAGCAACGAACUUUAUAUGAUGGAAUUUGAAUGUUCCUGUAAAGGAACAAAAGAUGAAAAAUGUAGUUCUAAUGGUAAACAGUCAGCCUACUUGAAGAUGGAAACUAGAUUUGGUUGUGCUGCAAGACUUAGAAUUGGAAGGAAAAAAAAUGAAGAAUGGAAAGUGACUAUUUUUUAUAUUGAUCAUAACCAUGACAUGGUUGCACCUGAUCAAAGUUAUAUGUUACGAUCAGCUCGUAGCAUUUCAUAUGCUAAAGGAAAUACCUUAAAAGCAUUGGUAGAUGCUGGAUUUUCGAUAGCUAAUGUGUAUUCUUACAUGCAAAUAGAAUCGCACGGGAGAGAAAAUGUGGGGUUUCUUAAAAAGGAUGCAUAUGACUAUCUUAAUCGAUUAGCUAAAGAUCACAGACAUGUUGAAGAUGGUGAUGCUGCUGAAUUGAUCCGAUAUUUUAAAAAUAAGUCGAACGAGGAUGGGUUGUUCUAUUGGGAUUUUCAAGUUGAUGAAAAUAAUCGAAUGUGUAAUUUUUUUUACAGAGAUGGUCGAUGUCGGGUUGAUUAUGAGGCUUUUGGUGAUGUUCUUUCAAUUGAUACAACCUAUAAAACAAAUAAGUACAAUUUGGUGUGUGCACCUUUCACCGGCCUUAAUCACCAUAAGAACAAUGUGAUGUUCGGGUUGGCUUUUAUGUCACGUGAAACAGAGGCCUCUUUUCAAUGGUUAUUUAAUACUUUUCUUGAGUCUAUGGGCAGUAAACAACCCGAAACAAUUUUCACCGACCAAUGCCAGGCAAUGAUGAAUGCCAUUGAAACUAUAUUUCCAAAUUCCCACCAUCGAUUGUGCCAAUGGCAUAUCUAUCAAAAUGCUCCCUCACAUUUUGGUAGUUUGAAUAAUAAUUCAGAGUUUAAGAAGAUGUUCCACAAGUGCAUGGAAUAUUGUGAAACCGAAGAAGAGUUUGAGAAUAUAUGGAGUACGAUGAUUGAUGCUUUUAAUCUUUAUGAGCAUUCUUGGUUGAAUAAUAUGUACAAGUUGAGAAGUAAGUGGUCAACCGCUUUUAGUAAACAUAGAUUCACGGCGGGGCUUAAAGCUACAUCAAGAAGUGAAGCCACAAACUCUAGUUUAAAAAUCGGUGGCAAAAGGACACAUACUUUGUUUGAUUGUGUUAUGAGAUUUGAAGACGUGCAAAAUAAAUGGCGCCAAGAUGAAAAAGAGAACGACUUUAAAUGUCGUCAUGGGAUGCCUACACUUGUCGUGAAAACCAACUGCUUGUUGAGAGAUGCCGCUGUUGUUUAUACUCACACAAUAUAUGACAUGUUUCAAUCAGAGUUGAUCAAUUCAUUGGGCAUUGAUUUUGAUGGAGAGCCUUCAUAUAAUGAUCAUUUAUUCAAGUUUAAAAUAAAGUCUCAAGGUAAUUCAAAUCGAGUUCGAGAAGUUGAGUUCAAUUCGAGAUCGCUUGAGGUAAAAUGCACAUGUAAGUUAUUUGAGUCUGUUGGUAUAUUAUGCAAGCAUGCAUUGUUGGUUUUCAAACAAAUGAAUGUGCAUAAUAUACCAAAAAAUUACAUAAAAGUGAGAUGGAUGAAAAGUAUAAGGGAUAGAGUGCAAUUUAGUGAAGAAAGUUCAUGUGCAGAUAACCAAGAAUCUCAGACGGUCUAUGUGAAUCAUGCAAUGCGAUACUGUUAUGAUCUUACGAUGCGAAGUAAAGUCCAUCCAGAAGCUAGAAAUUUGGUGAGAAACGGGCUUAAGGGUGUUCUUUCAGAUCUAAAUGCGUUACUCGAUAAAUUGAGUCUGGAUCAUUUAUCCGAGGGUUCCAAAGUUACAAGUUUGGAGGUUAUGGAAGAACAUGAUAUGAAUGACGAGUUUGUGCGGAAUCCUCUUUACGUGAAGUCGAGAGGGGUCAAUAAUGUUCGCUUACCAAGCCAUUGGGAUUCAAAAAAUAAAAAAGGAAAAAGAAAGAUUGAAUGUUCAAAGAAAAUAACAAAAGGCGCAGGAAAAAAAGUGCAGACACAAAUACAUUCAAAUGUUCUUUCAUCGAAAGAAGCUAUUGGUGUUCUUUCCUCACAAGAAGCUAUCAGUGUGCAAUCCUUACAAAACGCUAAUGUUCGUCAUGUUCAAAAUAUCUCAAUUGGCUCUCAAUUUGGUGAACAUCAAGCUAAUUUGUUGCAUCAGAUAUCAUAUCCGACAAUGCACCACCCGGGACAAGGCUCAAAUUAUCCAAACAUGUUCCAAUAUUGGGAUCCCUAUUCGUCACAGGGAUCUAUUAACAAUAAAGAGAGGCCACCUGAAUUUCAUUAG